AUGGUUUUCACUAGAUUUGCUUCUAGGCUUGCUCUGCUGGAAGGCCUCGGCCUUCUUGCCGGUGUUCAGGCACUGGGUCCUGCAGAGCGACCUCUGCCGGAGAAGGCCCAGAUCAUCGAUCAGAAGAGCUUCAACAAUCUUGAGGUGGUCUUGCCUCCAGCUGAAGCUAAUGCCACCACGGAGUUCCUCUGGCCCGGUGUGACUCACGAGUCUCUCACGGAGAAGCCCUUCCAUGUCUAUGACCCGGAGUUUUACGAUAUCAUUGGCAGCGACCCUUCGCUUACUCUGAUUGCCUCUAAUGAGUCCGAUGUUCUCUUUCACGAGGCCGUCACAUGGUACCCCCCAACGGAUGAAAUGUUCUUCGUUCAGAAUGCCGGAGCACCUGCGGCUGGAACGGGCUUGAACAAGUCUUCAAUCGUCCAAAAGAUAUCCCUCGCGGAUGCGGAGGCACUGCGAACUGGGUCGCAUACAGCCGAGCAAGUGACGGUGACAGCCGUGCCGUCAAACCCGCAGGUCAUCAACCCCAACGGAGGUACAAAUUACAAAGGCAACAUCAUUUUCGCCGGCGAGGGACAGGGUGAUCGGAUUGCUUCCGCACUCUAUCUCAUGAACCCUGUUGAACCUUACAACACUACUGUGCUUGUCAACAAUUUCUUCGGAAGGCAGUUCAACUCACUCAAUGAUGUUGCUGUUAACCCCCGCAAUGGCGACAUCUACUUCACCGAUACAUUGUAUGGAUUCUACCAGUACUUCCGCCCGGAGCCUGGUCUGCGGAACCAGGUUUAUCGGUUGAACCCCACUACCGGUGCUCUCACUGUCGUCGCAGACGACUUCACGCUGCCCAAUGGUCUCACUUUCUCUCCCGAUGGUAGCUAUGCCUAUGUAACGGACACCGGAAUUAGCCGUGCGCUGUUUGGCAUGAACUUCACCCGACCUGCAUCGAUCUACCGAUUCGAUGUUAAGCCCGACGGCACCUGGGAGAACCGCAAGACGUUCGCUUAUGUCAAUUCCCGUGCCCCUGACGGAAUUCACUGUGAUUCGAAGGGUAACGUGUAUGCGGGCUGUGGAGAAGGUGUGCAUGUCUGGAACCCUUCAGGCAAGCUUAUCGGAAAGAUCUACACCGGCAUUGUCGCAGCCAACUUUCAAUUUGCGGGCGAGGGACGCAUGAUCAUUAUGGGCCGUACGAAGCUGUUCUAUGCUACUCUUGCAGCGUCGGCUGCCCCGUUGAGCUGA